AAUCUUCAUAUGUUGACAGAUUCUUAUCUGCAGAUAAUAGUGAACAUCUCAAUAUUGAAUUAUUAAUUGAGAACUUGAAGAAUGCUAUAAUGAAGAGAUUGUCUAUGUUAUAUUUAACUGAGUCUUCUGUGUCUCUCUCUACUCUCUCUGUUUCUUUCUCUGUUACUUUCUCUCAAUCUUCUACACUUGUCUCUGUGUCUGAUUCUCCCGCUUCUGCUACCUCUGUUUCUGUGAUUCUCACUUCUGUUCUCACUACUUCUGUUCUCUCUGUCUCUGUCACUUCUGCCUUUGUUAUCAGCUCUUCCUGUUUCAAGAAGAUGUUGUAUAGACUUAGUAAAUCACAUUUCUCAGCAUAUAUACUUCU